AUGAGUCUACAGGAAUGCAUUGUGUUUGUGUCCCAGUUUCGUUAUGCCACGGCGCAGGACAUUGUCCUGCUGUUCCUGGGCACGGUCUUCGCAAUCCUCCAUGGUGCCGGCUGGCUACUGUUGGCUAUUGUGUUUGGUCAUAUGACGAAUGCCUUCAUCCACCAGCAGCAGGCGGGCUUCUACGAUGGUGACAGCACAAAUUUCACCACGCUGCCGCCUCCUCGGACCUUUGGGGAAGCAAUACGGCGAAGUGGGGCGCAGGCCAUGUUUGACCCUGUAACCAUCCUGGAGUACAACAUCACCAUGAACAAGUUUGCACUCACCUACGUCAUCAUUGCCGCUGGGGUCUUCGUGUCUUCAUUUAUACAUGUGUGGUGUUGGACCAGAGCCUGUGAUCGUCAGCUGUACAGGCUGCGGCAAGAGCUGUUCUACUCGAUCCUACGACAGGAUGCAGCAUGGUUUGACAGUCACCGUGUCACUGAAGUUGCGUCAAGAAUGAGUGAGUACGUGUUAUGGCAUUGA